AGCAGCCGGUACUUCCUGUGGAAAGGCGGGCGGGCUCGGCUGCAAACCCCACUAGCCAGUGUCAGCCUCUCGGCGGGAGGAGGUGGCGGCGGAGGAGGAGCAGGGGGAGGGCUGUCAAAUUCGGGAGCCAGAUUUUUUUCCCUUCCCCUGGCAAUCCCUUCCGCUUCCCCGGCUCCCGGCGUGACAUCUGCGGGCCGGGGACCUGCAUGUGUGUGCGCGCGAAGGAGCGGAAGAAUGGCAGUGCUCAAACUCACCGACCAGCCACCAUUGGUCCAGGCAAUCUUCAGCGGUGAUCCAGAGGAGAUCCGGAUGCUCAUCCAUAAAACUGAAGAUGUGAAUACUCUGGAUUCUGAGAAACGAACCCCUCUUCAUGUGGCCGCAUUUCUGGGAGAUGCAGAGAUCAUUGAACUCCUGAUUUUGUCAGGAGCUCGUGUAAAUGCCAAGGACAACAUGUGGCUGACUCCACUGCACCGGGCUGUUGCUUCCAGAAGCGAAGAAGCAGUACAGGUUUUGAUUAAGCACUCAGCUGAUGUCAAUGCAAGGGACAAGAACUGGCAGACCCCUCUUCAUGUGGCAGCAGCCAACAAGGCUGUCAAAUGUGCAGAAGUGAUCAUUCCCCUGCUGAGCAGUGUCAAUGUCUCCGACCGAGGGGGGCGCACAGCCUUGCACCAUGCAGCUUUGAACGGCCACGUGGAGAUGGUCAAUUUACUCUUGGCCAAAGGGGCAAAUAUCAAUGCAUUUGACAAGAAGGACCGGCGUGCUCUGCACUGGGCAGCAUACAUGGGCCACCUGGAUGUUGUAGCAUUGCUCAUUAACCAUGGCGCAGAAGUGACCUGUAAGGAUAAGAAGGGUUAUACCCCUCUGCAUGCUGCGGCCUCCAAUGGACAGAUCAAUGUUGUCAAGCAUCUCCUGAACCUGGGGGUGGAGAUUGAUGAAAUCAAUGUCUAUGGAAAUACAGCGCUUCACAUCGCCUGCUACAAUGGACAGGAUGCUGUGGUUAACGAGUUGAUUGACUACGGUGCUAACGUGAACCAGCCAAACAAUAAUGGGUUCACCCCUUUGCAUUUUGCUGCUGCCUCCACUCAUGGUGCUUUGUGUCUUGAAUUGUUAGUAAACAACGGGGCGGAUGUUAACAUUCAGAGUAAAGAUGGCAAAAGUCCACUGCACAUGACAGCUGUCCAUGGAAGGUUCACACGGUCACAGACCCUCAUUCAGAAUGGAGGUGAAAUUGACUGUGUGGAUAAGGAUGGCAACACUCCUCUCCAUGUGGCUGCAAGAUACGGUCAUGAGCUUUUGAUUAACACCUUAAUAACCAGCGGAGCUGACACAGCCAAGUGUGGAAUCCAUAGCAUGUUCCCCUUACAUUUAGCUGCCCUAAAUGCUCACUCUGACUGCUGCAGAAAGUUGUUAUCAUCAGGACAAAAGUAUAGCAUAGUAUCCUUGUUUAGUAAUGAGCACGUGCUGUCUGCAGGCUUUGAAAUAGACACCCCAGAUAAAUUUGGAAGAACGUGCCUUCAUGCCGCUGCUGCAGGAGGUAAUGUGGAAUGUAUAAAACUCUUGCAAAGCAGCGGAGCAGAUUUCCAUAAAAAGGACAAGUGUGGGAGGACCCCUUUGCACUAUGCAGCUGCGAAUUGUCAUUUCCACUGUAUUGAGACAUUAGUGACCACAGGGGCCAACGUUAAUGAAACAGAUGACUGGGGACGCACAGCUUUGCAUUAUGCCGCUGCAUCAGACAUGGAUAGAAAUAAGACUAUCUUAGGAAAUGCCCAUGAAAAUUCAGAAGAACUUGAAAGAGCCAGGGAGCUGAAGGAAAAGGAAGCCACACUAUGUCUAGAGUUUCUGCUUCAAAAUGAUGCAAAUCCGUCUAUCCGGGACAAGGAAGGUUACAAUAGCAUACAUUAUGCUGCUGCCUAUGGGCACAGGCAAUGUCUGGAAUUGGUGCCUCAGCCUUACCAAUGCUGGUCAUGUCUAAAGGUCAUUGUAUUGAGGAAGUUCCUGAACUUCCUUUGGUGGUUGAAGAUAAAAGUUGAAGGCUACAAGAAGACCCAGGAGGCAGUUUUGCUGCAUAAGAAACUUAAAACCUGGAAUGAUAUCGAAAAGCUUUUGGAAAGAACAAACAGUGGGUUUGAAGAAUCAGAUUCUGGUGCUACUAAGAGUCCACUCCACUUAGCUGCCUACAAUGGGCACCAUCAAGCCUUGGAAGUCCUUCUGCAGUCACUGGUGGACCUGGACAUCAGGGAUGAGAAAGGCCGCACUGCUCUGGAUCUGGCUGCCUUUAAAGGACACACAGAAUGUGUAGAAGCACUUAUCAAUCAGGGCGCGUCCAUCUUUGUGAAAGACAACGUAACCAAAAGAACCCCACUUCAUGCCUCAGUAAUUAAUGGUCACACACUGUGUUUACGGCUGUUGCUAGAAAUUGCAGACAACCCGGAGGCGGUUGAUGUGAAAGAUGCCAAAGGACAAACACCACUGAUGCUUGCAGUAGCAUAUGGACAUAUUGAUGCUGUUUCAUUGUUACUUGAAAAGGAAGCCAACGUAGACACUGUUGACAUCCUAGGAUGCACAGCUUUACACAGAGGGAUUAUGACAGGACACGAGGAAUGUGUGCAAAUGCUGCUGGAACAAGAAGUGUCAAUUCUCUGUAAAGAUUCCAGAGGGAGGACGCCCUUGCACUAUGCAGCUGCUCGUGGCCACGCCACGUGGCUGAGCGAGCUGCUCCAAAUGGCUCUUUCUGAGGAGGACUGUUGUUUCAAAGAUAACCAAGGCUACACGCCACUGCACUGGGCUUGUUACAAUGGUAAUGAAAACUGUAUAGAAGUACUUUUGGAGCAAAAAUGUUUUCGCAAAUUUAUCGGUAAUCCCUUUACUCCACUGCACUGUGCAAUAAUCAAUGAUCAUGGGAAUUGUGCAUCAUUGCUGCUUGGGGCCAUAGAUUCCAGUAUCGUCAGUUGUAGAGAUGACAAAGGCAGGACACCCCUUCAUGCAGCAGCAUUUGCUGAUCAUGUGGAGUGCUUGCAGCUUCUUCUGAGUCACAGUGCUCCAGUGAAUGCAGUAGACAAUUCAGGGAAAACAGCACUGAUGAUGGCUGCUGAGAACGGGCAGGCAGGCGCUGUGGAUAUUUUGGUGAACAGUGCCCAGGCUGAUCUGACUGUAAAGGAUAAGGACUUGAAUACACCCUUACAUUUGGCUUGUAGUAAAGGUCAUGAAAAAUGUGCCUUGUUAAUACUUGACAAGAUACAAGACGAGAGCCUUAUUAAUGCAAAAAAUAAUGCACUGCAGACACCCCUCCACGUUGCUGCACGCAAUGGCUUGAAGGUGGUAGUUGAGGAGUUGCUGGCCAAAGGGGCCUGUGUACUUGCUGUAGAUGAAAAUGGUCAUACCCCGGCCCUGGCUUGCGCUCCUAACAAAGACGUGGCUGACUGCCUGGCCCUCAUUUUGGCUACCAUGAUGCCUUUUUCUCCUUCCAGUACAAUGACGGCUGUCAACUUCGUUUGUUUAAAAAAAGACAAUUUGAGCAGGACGACCCUCUCCAAUCUGGGUAGCAUGGUUAGCCUGUGCAGUAACAACGUAGGCUCGGAGGAUGGGUACAAUGAAAAUGAUUCUGAUUCGGAAACGUUUUGAGUUUGGACUGUAGAAGCUUUCCUUUGAUCACCUGUGUUGGAGGAAAGGAAAGAAGCUUGAAUUCCAGGUUUAUGUGUGUUCCAGUAUUAUUUAGGGCCUGGGCUUCCAGAAGCUAGUAGAGAAGGAAUUAAUCAAGGGCGGGCAGUGAGGCUGUUGGGUGGAGCAGUCACACAGAUGGCCCCAGUUUUGUUUUGUUUCACAUCCUCUUUAAGAUACUUCUAUGAAAGUCUACCUCUCAUUUUAAGUAAAGAAUAAAAGAUGUAUUUAAUUCCUGUUCUUUGGGGAUAAUGCAACAGAGAGGCAGCUGUUCACUAUGAAUAAUUUUUCUUUUCAUGUAUUUAGCAGUGAAUUCUCAGAAGUAUAUCAGUGUGACAUUCAUGUCCCCUGGGAGGGAAGGGAAGAGGCAGAUAGGAAAUGCCUCAAACCUCUUCUCACUUUGAUGUUUACUUCCUCACUAGAAGCCAAAGGUAAAGGUGUUCAUCUUCAGAAAUAAUGACUGUAAUAAUCUUUUUAGACAGUCCAACUAUUUAUAUCCUCUCUAUAGUAAGCAUUUAAAUAUCCAGAACUUCUUUCUGAGGAUCUCUGUUAAAGUUGCCAGAUGAAUUGAAAAAUUGAACUUGCUUUUUUUGUUUAACACAGUGUUCUCCAUAACAAGCCUGUGACUAAUUUUCACUUAAGUGAUUGAACCCAAAUUUAUCUAAUAACAUUUCAGGUGAAAAUUAUAUUGCACCAAAACUUUGACACAAUAUGCAAAAUUAAUAUGAAACUACCCUUUGUUAAUUUACUCUUAAAUCAAAAUACUAACUUUUAAAAACCAUCAGAAUCAUCAGCAUUGUUCAUCAGUAGUAAAAUGAACUUCCGAGUCAAGGCCAUGCCAAGUGAGUGAAAAGUGUGACUGCAAAAAGGAACAAAAAAGUGAAAGCAGAAAGUAGAAAUGGGUGAUUUAGCAAGUAAAGCCGAUUGCCAGUUGCUUGAUGAUGAAACCAACAUAGUGAAUACUGUGUCUGCUCCCUCUGCCAAAGCUUCUAGGUCAAAUGGACCCCGUUCCACACCUGGAACCGCUGUACAAAAAGAAGAAUGAGACUCUUUAAAAAUUAUGCACAUACACACACACGUAUAUGUGUGUGUGUGUAUAUAUGUGUGUGUGUGUGUGUAGUUCAUCAGCCAGCUACACAUGAGGACCAAAAUGCUUCAGUCUAAAAUGGAAGAUAUACAUUUUUUUCCUUCAAAAUGCAAGUGAGAACUGAAGUAGCUUUUUUAUGGAGUUAAAAUGUAAUCUUUUUGUGUACCAGUCUUUGUUGUAUUUUAUAUUUCUUAUGACACAGAUUUCUAGUUGACCACUUAACAUUUGUAGCUGAUGAUGUGUUGACCAUGUUUUUUUUUUUUUUUUUUUUUUUUGCCAAACUAGAGAAAAUGUCCAUAUACUUUUGAUGUAAAUGUGUUUAUAUUUAUUUGAAAUGAAGCAAUUAGUGAGGAAACAUCCAUUAUUUGUUCUCUAUUUUAAUUGCUAUGUAUCUUAUUUAGAAUAACAAAAACAGUGAAAAAAACACACUUGACCCUGGGCUAGCCAAAAGCCCAAGGGCCAAACCCAGCAUUUCCACUGCUAAAGUUUCCAGCUGACCCUCAGGUUCUUCCACGUUGGUUAGAGAGGGCUACGCAUCUUCUAUUGCUCAGCCGCAGUCUGUAAAGCUUAGAGCUUAGAAGACAUUGCAGUCUGGAUGCGCUUCUGCGAGAUGAAAACUCAAAUGUGUAGUGGAUCAUAUACACAAAGGCAGCCCAAAGAAAUAUUUAGAAAUUACCCUAAGUACACUGAAAAGCUCACGUAGUCUCAGUAACCUGAUGGGAAAUGAUGGCAGUGUGUGGGCACAUGUGCCAAAAGGAGAAAUAAAAAUCACCAGCUCAAGUGCUAUUUUCUACUUGAGGAAGAGACAGAAAAGAAAUGUGUCGAAUUGGAGAAGUACUCUCUGACAUUUUAUAACGAGUUCCAUUUCCACCCUGGAAAUUGCUAUUUUAUAGUGUAUGUGAGAUAUUUUAAAAAUAAUGUUCUAUCAUAUCUGGAUCAAAGACAGAUAACUGUAUUAUAUUUUUCAUCUAACUGUAAAACUUUAAUCUUACUCUUAAUAUCCUGGAUUUGAUUAAAACUCCUGUUGGGUCCUUCACAAAUGAGAGCUUGUUCAGAGGACUGAUUGAACUGGUAUUAAUUUCCCUGAAAAUUUCCCACACCACCACCACUGUUUUUUGAAUUCUUGGCGUUGUGCUUCCCACCUUCUGUCCUUUUCGUUUGUUUAGAGAAGAUGAAUUUUUAAAAAGCAGAUAAAUUGCUAAUGAGCAAUAAUGACCUUCUCUUUACCAAAACACUGAAAAGUAAGAGAGAUUCAAUGUUGAAGAAGCACAAUAUACUGCGGUGUCUUUUUCUAGAAGUGAAUGGAAAUCUUGCUCAGUUGGCAUUUCAAGCAGGAAAUGAAAUGCUCGCUUUAAUGGCAAAGCAGCGUUAACAUUUUUCCUGUCGUGUAGCAGAGAGUACAAGAAUCAUUUCAGCAAAGCAGUGACUCACCAUGAGACGUUAUCUCCAUGGAGCUGCAUUUUGACUUUUCCCCACUCUCUUACUCAUAGAAGGAGGACAAAGGAACGAAAUGAAAUCAUGCUCACAAUGAACUGUUCAUUACAUCAACUGAUCUCUCUCUCUCUCUCCCCCUUUCUCUUUCUCCCAUACGCCAAGACUAAAUUUUUUUUUAAAGAAAUGACUUUAAAAACUAUCAUUUCUGUAUUUUAAUUACAUCCCUUAGAAAUAAAAUUAUGUUUGCACCAUAGCUUUCUAAGAAAAAAAAAAAAUGUGUUUUUAACUAAGUCUUAGUUGCUUAGUGCUUUUACUUAAGUGUGUUAUUUUUAGACUGUAUUUUAACCACAGCCACAAGGAUCAUGUUUCAUUGCACUUACUUAUUUGUCAGUGUCUGCCUGUCUUUGGUAAAUACAUUACUAUCUCCAAAUUGCCUAAAAUCUGCUAUGAUUCUACAGUAAAUAGCUCAGGGUAUUUCUAUUUAUCACUACUAAAAGGGCACCAUAGUAUGUUUUGGUACUUUAGGCAGUAAACACUGCUUGGUUUAUCAUUUUGUUAUGAAAUUAGAACAAAAACAUCAAAUGGAUUUGCUGCACUAGUUAUUCUUUGUACUGUUGAGCAACUUGGUGUGCUUAUAUGUUGUGUUGGUUGAAAAACUCAUCCCUUUUUUUGUCUUGUAAUAUGAAGUUAGAGUGCCUUUUUAUAUUUGUAUAUUCUGGAAAUGUUCUGUGGAAUGUUUUGUAUUUUUUCAUUUGAGUGUUAUCAGAGCAAUAUGAUACCAGUGAGUUUUCAUUUCAACCUUUCUUUGAAUGUAUAAAGUGUCUUUUUUCCUGAAAUUUCCCCUUGUACUUGCAUUGAAAUGAAUAUGAAAAUGCUAAAGUUUUCUAUAGGAAUUGUUUGAUUUUGCAGUGCUAAAAUGCUUUCUUCUUACAAAACUGUAAACCAUAGGUCAGUAUUAUAGGGGAAAAGCAUUUUAAGAUAGUGACAAUCUGAGUGUUUGUAUAAAAUGUAAUUCUAUGCGUUUCUUAUGUGAUCUAAAAAUUCAAUGCAAAUAUCUUUUAUUUGGUAGUUUUGUCUACAUAUUUUAUGCUCUAGCAUGUGCAAUAUAUCUUUGUAAAGCACGAUGAUACAAAUCUGGUGCCAGUGUUAUAUUUUGCAUAACAUAUUUGUAACAGCAUAAAAUAUUGUUUGAUGAUUUCAGUGAGAUUUUGUCUAUAAUGUUUUCUUAUGUAAAUUGGAGUUGAAUGACUGGUAAAUGUCAUGACUGUAAAAAUGGGGAAAAUGACUUUUAGUUCAGUGAAUGACUUUGAACCAAUCUGAAUCUUCUCAAGCACAGUUUAAUACUUUUGCAACUACUGAAUGCUCUAAUAACAUAACGAAGUACUUAACUGUAAUAUACUAUGGAAAUGCAUUCAGAUGGUUAUUUUUACAAAUAAAAACGGUACACAUAUUGUUG